AAAAAAUUCAAUCAUACUGGUUUUUAUUAUUAGAAAAACCCACCAACCAGUUACUCCAAUCACAAACCGCUUCUUUCCUUUCUCUGCUAUUUCAUUCAUCUCUGCAACUUCAGGCCUAAUCAUGGAAGACUGAAACUAGUGCCCCAUUAAAGGUACAUUCAAAAUCAUCCAAAUAAAUAAAUAAAUAACCCCACUAGUACUAGUACUCAUAUUUUUUCAAUUUUUCUCCUUUUUUAAAAAAAAAAAUUAUAUUUUAGUUUUCAAAUUGGAAUUUUGGGACCAGUUUUAUUGAGAGCAGUACUAGUAGUAAUAAUUUGUAGUGAAAAAGGAAUCCAAUAAUACUAGAAAAAUGUAAAAGAAAUUGAAAGGAAGAAAAAAAGUUAGCCAAAAGAAGGAACAAAAUUACAAACUCUGCUUUUGUUCUGUUUUCUGAUACAUGCACGUCUUAGUCCUUUGAUGAUGACUACUGAGACUCUCUUUCCAUGUCGUUUUUCAUCACCAUCUUGAUUCUAUUCUCAGAAACACACCGAAAAAGCCGGGGAAGAAAAACUUAACCUUCUUUUUUAUUCAUUUUUUUCACCAUUUUUUCUAUUCAUAGAAGAACACUUGUUUUCAAUAUGCAUCAUUCUGAAUUUCUGCUAUAUUCUAUUUUCAUUUGUUGGUUUCACAGUUUGUGAUUAGCUAUGGAUGAUUCUGGUUCAAAGAAAAUCACUUCUUCUUUCUUCAAUUCUUCAAACUUGUUCACUAAUUUCACACCAAAAGGUUGUUUUCAUCAUGAAACUGAAUCAACUAUGAUGAGUCCUACUUCAAUUCUUGAUAACAAGCCUUUUUCUGUCUUCAAGAAGAAUCCUUUUUGGUCUGAAACAAACAGUCCUAAAACACAACAUGUUCACAAAUUGGAGUCAAAAGUUGUUGGUCUUGGUUUAGUUGAUGUUCUUGUAGAUGAAAAAAACAAUGAAGUGAAUUCAAAACCAGAAAACAGAACUGUUCUGUUUGGAUCUCAGUUAAAGAUUCAGAUUCCACCUUUUUUACCAACAAGUUCAACUUUUUCUUCUUCAUCUGAAUCAUCACCUUUAUCUAGAGGUGAUUUCAGUAUCAAGACAGGAAAUUCUCAUUUGGGUUUUUCUUCUGGAAGCUUUUCACUUUCUCCUGUUGGAAAAUCUUCAUCUGGGGUGUGUACUAAUUCUGUUCUUGAAACUGAAACUGAAACUUCAAAUUCUUCUACUAAUGGAGUUUUCAAAGGGUGUCUUUCUGCAAGUGAAAUGGAACUUUCAGAGGAUUAUACUCGUGUGAUUUCUCAUGGACCAAAUCCAAGAACAACUCACAUAUUUGAUAAUUGUAUAAUUGAGAGUAGUUGUUUUGAUGUUGGAUUCUCUGUUUCUGUUCAAGAGAAUGAGUAUUGUUAUCCUUCUGUGAACUUUCUGAGUAAAUGUUUUCAUUGCAAGAAGAAUCUUGAGCAGGGUGAAGACAUCUUCAUGUACAGGGGUGAGAUGGCAUUUUGCAGCAAUGAAUGUCGUUCCGAGGGGAUGCUGUUGGAGGAAGGGAAGCUCAAGUUGGAAGCCAAGGAUGUUUAAUUUAUGGAACAUAAUUCCAUCUA